AUGGGCGGGAUGAUGGUCUUCUCUCGGAGUAUCACCACCUUGAAGCGGCUGCGGAAUGCUGGGAAGAAGGGCGAUGUGGCCGGUGCUGUGGCUCUGUUUGAGGCGCUGCAAGCGGAUGGUCAGACUCCACCCACAAAGGCGUGGGAAGCCAUGAUGGCUGCUCAUUUGGCAAACUUUGAUCUUGACAAGGCAAAAGAGUAUGCUGAUGGUCUUCUGGCUGCUUUCCCGGCGAACGAGCUGUCUGGAAAGAGCCUGGAGCCGUUGAUGAAGUCCAUGGGGGAGGCCGGCCGUCUGGGGGAGAUGCAGGCCCUGGUCGAUCGUCUCCAGCAGGCCAACAUCUCACCGCUGCCCAUCUCGCCGCUGGUUCAGGCUCAUGUCAAGUCGGCGAAUGUCGACGCUGCCGCAGAAGUGCUCGACGGCCUGGUUGCCAGUGCCGGCGAGGUCAACCAGGCGUGGAUCCGGACCGUGCUCGACGGCUAUUUCGGCGUCGGGUCCGGCGACGGGGUGCGCCGCAUGGCCCAGAUGGUCGAGGCCGUGGGCGGUGAGCCCGAACCGGCCAUGCAGUCGCUACUCCAGCGCCAUGCCAAGUCGGCCAAUCCGGCUAUGCGCGACCAAGCCAAACAGUUGCUCGACAAGUGGUUCCCGGGCACGGCUGUCGAGGACGGUCCCGUCGGUGGUGGCGGCAGCAACGGCAUGCCCGGCAUGUGA